AUGACUUGGGAAUCUUCCUCUACACUCCAUCUUCACAGAGCUGCCUUUGGUGAGAGAGUGGGUUCUACUGAUGGGGACAAGGAGCCAGGAAGCGUUGGAGACCUAAGUCAUGCGGCUGACAGGUCAUUAGCCCAUUCUGCACAGAUGUACCACUAUCAGCAACAAAAGCAGCAGAUGCUUGCAAUGGAACAGGCGACGGGGAAGAGUCGCAUUUCGGAUAGCAACUCGGGUAGCGAGGGUGAAGGUGAAGAGCCGGACGUAAAUGUCUACGAGUGUCCUGGGUUGGCAACAGUAGGUUAA